UGCUGAGCUCAGUAUCACACAGACCUGCUGGACUCUGACCUUCUCUUGUUAUGAGGAAGUUUGUCUUCGGUGAAUAAUGUCGACCGACGCGUGGGGAUUUAAGCUGUUCAUUUGACUUGAAGCACAAACCAAAGUGAAAAAGGAAGUGACAUUCAAGUGUCGGGUAAGACAUCACUGCACUGAAGAUGUUCAGGAGAGGCAGUCCCUUUGUCAACGACACCAGCAGCUAUGCAAGCUCCAUUCAGUCCAAUGGUCUUUCUACGACCAAUCUGGACGAGGUGUCUUCACAGGUGUCAGGUUUUGCGAAGCCGAGUGCAAAAUCAAUUUACUUGCAAAGGAAGGCCUACGCGGCCUCUACGAACAAGCUGCUGGACAAGUCUCAGUACAGAGUGGAGCAUUUGUUCACCUGUGACCUGGACGGGAGGGAGCUGAGAAACGUAGCAGACUGUGUGGAGCGCCUGACGCUUCUGGACGGCAUGGGCCGCGUGUGGGGUCAGAACAUGUUGCUGGAGGUGCACGGUGCCGACCUGCUGCUCACUGACCCGGUCACCAAGGUGGAGCUGGAGUCAAUAGCUCUCAGCGACGUCGUGGAGCUGAAGGCCGAGUUGGACACAGGAAUAUUCAGCUCCCUGCUGGUUGUGUCAGUUCAGUCGGGAAGAAAGAAAACCACCACUGUCUUCAUGUUUCAGUGCGAGGACGUCCGGGCCGACUACGUUCAGAGAGACCUCGCCCAAGCGCUGUCUCGCAGGAGGGACAACCCAAGCGUGUACGGUGGCCGUGCACUCAUGAAAAACCAUCUCUCUGAACCCGAGGAGCAGAGUCUGUCGCUGCAGUCGGUGCCUCGUAGCUACGAUGAAGACGAUUUCCUUGAGCCUGAGCUGGCUGUGCUAAAGGACGAAGAGGACGACGAGGUCUUGUCCUCCAUGAAGGACACAUCACUGUCUGUGGACACGUUGAAUCAGAUUUUAAAUGACAUUGAAAUCUUCAUGGGUCAAAUAGCUGCUGUGGUGGCGAGAAACGCUCAGAAAAGGAAGAAGAAGAAGAAAGGAAAAGAAGUGAUGGAGGGCAUGCCUGCCACAGAAGAGUUUGCAGCUUGUCUUCAUAAGAUCAAGUGUGGUUUCAACCUUCUGGGGGAGCUAAACGGAAAGAUUGAGAAUCCCACUGCUCCUGAGUUUGUCCACAUCCUCUUCACCUUGUUAGCAUUUAUAUUACCUCAUAGUCCCAAGAAUCUGGCCCCAACCAUUGUGUCUCCGAUGCUGACGCUGCAAAGUAUCCGUCUCAUGAGUGAAGAGACGUCCACAGAGGAGGACCAGCUGUGGCAGUCUCUAGGAGAUGCUUGGAGUGUCCCCAGGUGAGACACGAGACUUGUUU